CCGCCCAGAGGCCGCUGGGGCCGGGUGGGGAGCUGGGCCCCAGCCUGUUUCCUCAUGGCCCUGCUCUUCCUGGGACUCCUGCUGCUUCUGGGGCUCGGGGGGCUGUGGGGGCUGCUGUGGGGAUACCCCAGAGCUUCCUCACCAGCCCCCCGCUGGCCCCCAGGGCCACGCCCACUGCCACUCAUUGGGAACCUACACUUGCUGCGGGUCACCCAGCAGGAUCGCUCGCUGAUGGAGCUCUCGGCACGCUAUGGGCCAGUGUUCACCGUGCACCUGGGCACGCAGAAGACCGUGGUGCUGACGGGGUACCAGGCCGUGCGGGAGGCGCUGCUGGCCACGGGGCACGCGCUGACCGACAGACCCCCCAUCGCCAUCUUCCAGCGGAUCCAGGGGGGUGCGGGCGUCUUCUUCUCUUCGGGGAGGCGUUGGAGGGUGGCGCGGCAGCUCACUGUGGCUGCCCUGCAGCACCUGGGUGCCGGGCGAGGACCCGGGGCCGACCUGGUCCUGAGCGAGCUGGGCUGCCUGUCCAAGCUGCUGGACGGCUACAGAGGCCGGCCCUUCCCCCUCCGCCUGCUGGGCUGGGGCCCCUCCAACGUCACCUUCGCGCUGCUCUUCGGCCGGCGCUUCGACUAUGGAGACCCCGUGUUCCUGUCCCUGCUGGACCUCGUGGAGGACGUCAUGGUGCUCCUGGGCACCCCGGCCCUGCAGCUGUUCAACAUCUACCCGCGGCUGGGGACGCUGCUGCAGCUGCACCGCCCCCUGCUGCGGAAGGUCGAGCAGGUGCGCGCCAUCCUGCGAGCCUCCCUGCGGGGCAGGCCCAUGCCAGGAGCCUCGCCCAGCUACAUGGACGCCCUGCUGCACAAGGGCCAGAAUGACCUCGAAGGCCAGUUUUCCGAAGCCGACAUGGUGGCCUGUGCCCUGGACAUGGUCAUGGCUGGCACCGAGACCAGCGCAGCCACGCUGCAGUGGGCUGCCCUCCUGAUGUGCGAGCACCUGGAGGUGCAGGGCCGGGUGCAGGAGGAGCUGGACCGAGUGCUGGGUGCCGGGCGGCCGCCACGGCCAGAGGACCAACAGCUGCUGCCCUACACCAACGCGGUGCUGCACGAGGUCCAACGCUACAUCACGCUGUUGCCACAUGUGCCGCGCUGCACGGCUGCAGACACCGCGCUGGGCGGCUACCUGCUCCCCAAGGGCACGCCGGUGCUGCUCCUGCUGAGCUCCGUGCUCCUGGACAAGACACAGUGGGCCACCCCGGACCAGUUCAACCCCGACCACUUCCUGGACACACGUGGGCGCUUCGUCCGGCGCGCCGCCUUCCUGCCCUUCUCCGCAGGCCGCCGUGUGUGCGUGGGGGAGCGCCUGGCCACAUUGCAGCUGUUCCUGCUGUUCGCCGGCCUCCUGCACAAGUACCGCCUGCGCCCCGCGCCUGGCCUCCGCCCCGUCUUGGAUGCCACCUCUGCCCCCGCCUUUACCAUGCGGCCGCCCGCCCAGGCCCUGUGCGCUGAGCCUAGAAACCAGUGGCGCUGAGUUGCCUAGCCAGCCACGGGUCCCAGGCCA